AUGAACAUUUGUCUUCCUGUAUAUUUUUUAUUAUUGCCUAUAUCAUUUCUAAAACUCAAAAAAUUCUCUCUACUCUUUCGCUCUCUUUCUCUCUACUCUCUCUUUCUCUCUACUCUCUCUUUCUCUCUACUCUCUCUUUCUCUCUACUCUCUCUUUCUCUCUCUCUCUUUCUCUCUCCUCUCUCUUCCUCUCUCUCUCUCUCUCCUCUCUCCUCUCUCUUUCUCUCUCCUCUCUCUUUCCUCUCUCCUCUCUCUUUCCUCUCUCCUCUCUCUUUCCUCUCUCCUCUCUCUUUCCUCUCUCUCUCCUCUCUCUCUACUCUUUAUGCUGGCUUACAGCCAUAUCACAAAGUUAAACAACAACAAGCCUUCCAUAGAAAAUGAAUCGAUCCAUCAAAAAACAAAUUAUCACUUGCCCUCUCUUCUUUCUCUCUCUCUCCUUUCUUCUCUUUCCUUCCUCUCUUUCUCCCCUUGA